CUCCCUCUGCUGGGCGCCAGCUGCCGCUUAGGCCUGAGCGAGAGCCGAGGGCGGGCGGGCGCAGCUGCACCGUGAGUGCCGGCGGGGCUGGUGGGCUCCGCACAGUCUCUCGUCUUCACUGCCCGCGCCCUCGGACAUGGUGGCCCCCGGCUGUGUGACCAGCCGGCUGGGCUCGGUGUUCCCCUUCUUGUUGGUCCUGGUGGACCUGCAGUACGAAGGUGCUGAAUGUGGAGUAAAUGCCGAUGUUGAGAAACAUCUUGAAUUGGGCAAGAAGUUACUCGCAGCUGGACAGCUGGCUGAUGCUUUAUCUCAGUUUCAUGCGGCAGUAGAUGGUGACCCAGAUAACUAUAUUGCUUACUAUCGGAGAGCUACAGUCUUUUUAGCUAUGGGCAAAUCAAAAGCAGCACUUCCUGAUUUAACUAAAGUGAUUGAAUUGAAGAUGGAUUUCACUGCAGCAAGAUUACAGAGAGGUCACUUACUGCUCAAACAAGGAAAACUUGAUGAAGCAGAAGAUGAUUUUAAAAAAGUGCUCAAAUCUAAUCCAAGUGAAAAUGAAGAAAAGGAAGCCCAGUUUCAACUUGUGAAAUCGGAUGAAAUGCAGCGUUUGCGCUCACAAGCGCUAGAUGCUUUUGAAAGCUCAGAUUAUACGGCUGCUAUAACCUUCCUUGAUAAGAUUUUAGAGGUUUGUGUUUGGGAUGCAGAACUCCGGGAACUUCGAGCUGAAUGUUUCAUAAAAGAGGGGGAACCUAGGAAAGCGAUCAGUGACUUAAAAGCUGCAUCAAAGUUGAAGAAUGAUAAUACUGAGGCUUUUUAUAAAAUCAGCACCCUGUACUAUCAACUAGGAGACCACGAACUGUCCCUCAGUGAGGUUCGUGAAUGUCUUAAACUUGACCAGGAUCAUAAAAGGUGUUUUGCGCACUAUAAACAAGUAAAGAAACUUAAUAAGCUAAUUGAAUCGGCUGAAGAGCUCAUCAGAGACGGCAGGUACACAGAUGCGGCCAGCAAAUACGAGUCUGUCAUGAAAACAGAGCCCAAUGUUGCCGAAUAUACAAUUCGUUCAAAAGAAAGAAUUUGCCACUGCUUUUCUAAGGAUGAGAAGCCCGUUGAGGCAAUUCGAGUGUGUUCUGAAGUCUUACAGACGGAACCUGACAAUGUGAACGCUCUGAAAGAUCGAGCGGAGGCCUACUUAAUAGAAGAGAUGUAUGAUGAAGCUAUUCAGGAUUAUGAAACUGCUCAGGAACACAAUGAAAAUGAUCAACAGAUUCGGGAAGGUCUAGAGAAGGCACAAAGGCUAUUGAAACAGUCACAGAAACGAGAUUAUUAUAAAAUUUUGGGAGUAAAAAGAAAUGCCAAAAAGCAAGAAAUCAUUAAAGCAUACCGAAAAUUAGCACUGCAGUGGCACCCGGAUAACUUCCAGAAUGAAGAAGAAAAGAAAAAGGCAGAGAAAAAGUUCAUCGACAUCGCGGCUGCUAAAGAAGUCCUCUCUGACCCAGAAAUGAGGAAGAAAUUUGACGACGGAGAAGAUCCCCUGGACGCAGAGAGCCAGCAGGGCGGUGGCGGCAACCCUUUCCACAGAAGCUGGAACUCAUGGCAGGGGUUCAACCCGUUCAGCUCAGGCGGACCAUUUAGAUUUAAAUUCCACUUCAAUUAAACCAGCUGUUUUUCUGCUCUUCUUCCUUAAUUUUUUUAAAGAUUAAAAAGAAAGAAACUUGUUCUGGGAUCCUAAUGAAAAAAAUUCAGAUCUUUUAGUUUGUCCAUGACCAAAGAGUUGUUUUAGUAGGAAAACCAUUCUUACCUGUUUUAGACUGGAGGCUGAUGGGUGUGAGAAGGCAGGCGAGGACGCUUCCCACGUGAGUGUCUGAGCCCUGGAGGCGGCUCUGAGGUUGGCGGGCCCGUGCCAGGCCCCUCAGCGCCUGCACUGGAGCGGGGCUGGAGCUUUCGGGGGAACGGGUUAUCAGUUUGAGCUGUGCGGUCUUCGGGACACCUUUGCUUAGAUUCGGUCAGUCCAUCCGCUUGCACACACCUGAGAGGGGGCAGAGCCUCCGUGAGCGCACGAGCACAUCUUCUCUGUUGGAGGGAGCACGGCCGCUUGCAGGGAGGGGCGGAGCCCGCUGCCGGGCGGUGGCUGUGGCCGGGCACGGAGCGUGCGUCUCACGGUCAGUGCCGGCCGGAGAACACUGAAGACCGCCGCACCAGCGCUCCACGGCCCUCCUGCUUAACACGAAACAACCGGAGGAGAGCGGGUUCUGUAGCAGUGGUGGUACUAGGAUUGAGGUGCAGAAUGAAAUACGUUAGGAACUGAAGUUGCGAGUUAAACAAUUUCCUGUCACAGGACUGGCGUGGGAAUGUCAAGUUGCCCAGCUGACAGAGAACGCCAUGUUCCCCACUCGUAAUCAAGAUGUGGGCCACCCUCUGGGGCUGGGGGAGGGGGCAGUUAACCUGCAGACCCCUCCCCCCGGCCCGGGUCCCCACUGCUCUCCUGCCAGGGACGGGUCGCCGUGUUUCCACCGUCAAGACGGCGUCUCUUCUUGAGAUUCCGUCUUCUUACCUUUUAAGAAAUGAAGUUAUUCAGUCUCUGUGGACCUGAUAAUUUUUCCCCUAAAAAGUAUUAUUUUAAUCAAGAACAUUAAAUAUUUAUGGAACUAUUGAUGCUGCAUUUAAAAUCUAAGAAUUGCUUUGGAUAAGAAUGAUUACCUUCAUUCUGGAAAGGUCUGUUUCUGCCUCACAGCAUUUUGACGAGUGUGGGUCUAAUACAUUGUUCUUACGAAAUCAAGCAUUAUAAUUUCAGCCGUGGGAGGUGUCCUGGCGGCUGCCACCGGCGUGAAGAAACUUUGACCUGAGAGACAGAAAUUACAUAGUUAAGCAAACACACGUGCUUUUUUACAUCUAUUUUGAAGUCUAUUUCUUACCAAUAAACUUAACAAUGCAUUUGGAAAAUUAGUGAACAGUUCGCGGCUUUCCUUUCUUUUUAAUAUCUUAACAGUCAAGCCAGUGUGAAAACGAUUUCUAAGAUGCAUUUUUGGGUAUUCUUUCAUCUUAGUAAUCGCAUUACUUUGUUGUCGCGGCAAGAUUUCCCCAGUCUGGCUCGGGGGCGUCCGUCCUCACCGUGCUCGUUCUGCAGUCUAGCAGUGGCCUCCGCCGCCCUUCAGAGUACGAAUUUUCAAGCAGAAUCAGAGCAAGGAAGCAUCACAUCACUUGCCUUUCCGUCCAGGGAAGAGGUGCCGUCGGAGGGCGUCAGGACAGCGGUGGCUGGGCCUCGGGAGCGCCCCGGCCAAGUCCGCCCAGACGGCGCGCUGUGACUGCAGUGUGCAGUCACUCGUCUUCAGUGGGGAGAGAGCAGACGACACGGUGCCAUGUGCCAGUGCCACAGGGAGGGCCCCGUGACAGAGUAAGGGCCUGCAAGCCCACCCGCCGCCACGGGUGCGGCGGCAGACCGGCCUCUGGGCCAGCGGGGCAGCGUCCCGCACCUGCCGGCCCCGAUGGGGGAGGGCAUCGUGCCGGACCGAGAAGGCACUUGUUUGGGGGCUCCUUCCAUGUGCCACUCUCCGGGCUCUUGUCUCUGGGGCCCGCAGGUGCCCAGCCACCACGAUGGCUCUUUCUGGAAGAGUAAAACUAGCGGGAUGCUCAGCCUUAGCUGCAGUACGCCCCAGCCCGGCAGCAGGGAGCCGGCCCGGGCCCUCCGGAGAUGCGAGCAGGUUCCUAAAGGAGAGAGAAUACACUUAUUUAAUGCCCAGUUCUGAAAGUGCGCUUUCUUACCAUGGAUAAAUGAAAAAUGGAGAACCACUUCAAUAAUUGUGAAUUGGAUGAAUGUCAUGUUAACUGUAAAAUGUUUUCAGUCAGUGUUAAAAAUGUAUUUUAAAUAUCAGUAUGAAAGCAGAACUUUCGGGACUCUGAUAAUGGAAUGUAAAAACUACCUUUUUUUUUUUUUUAAGAGAAAAAUGCUGAUAACCAAGUAGGAAAAAAACUCAUAGGAUCACAGUUUGAAAUUGGCCACAUUUCCUAUUCAUGGUGGAAAAGAUUUCACCUUUAAAAACAUGAAAUCGGUCAGCAGUUGUGACAUGUACCAUGAACAAAAAUGCAGAAGAGACUUCCAUUAACCACGGUCCCUCAGUCAGGCUGUGUCUGAGCCACCUGCCUUAAAGCUGGGGGCACCGGGAUGGGCCUUGCAGAGGUUUUCAGAACGCACGUCACGGUGGCACCCAGACAAGGUCACAGAGCCUCGGGGAACAGAGUGGACUUGACUGCGAGCAACGGCAGGAGGAAGGCAAAUGCUCAUCUGUCAACAAAUGAUACCCUUAUUCUAACUCAGAGCGUUUCUUCAGUGAGCAGAGUCUAUGCUGUGAUUGCUAAUGAUGGGAAUAGGUGGGGAUUUUAUUUUGCUGGAUGAUCUCAUUUGCUGAAUGAUUUAAGAGUCAAAUUAGCCACUGCGUGGCCUUGUGCAGAGUACCAGGUUUUGUUGUGGUCGGCCCUCCUGCCUGCAGGGGAAGGAAAGAGCGUGGAGGAGGUGGGGCCUGGAGAUGGUGGAGAAGUCAAAAUAUGACUCCUACUGUAAGGCUGUCAUCGGGUUUGAGUGAGACAGGACUAAGUAACUUAAUCCAUCUCAAGUUAGUGUUUUAGUAAAGAACGGAAAGUUCAUUCAAAUGGGUCUCAAGAUAUGUCUGCAAAUAUGGGUACUAUUUUUAUGCCCAUGUAUUUUCACAUUUAAUAAAAAUAUUUAUGGUCAAA